UAUUUAGAUAUUUUUGGACAUAGUAGCAAGUAUUUUGAUUGAAAUUUGUACGAGACAAGUUUGAUAAGAGAGUAAGUUUUUGAAAAUUAAGUACUUUCACGGGAGCAUGUAGUUUCUUCAGGUUUGGACUAAAAUUUGUCGAAUAAAAGGUGAACAGCGCAAACAGGUAGAGCAGCUCGACUAAGAGAGAUAUACAUAUGUAUCUCUGUAUGUAAGCUAAUAAUAUGUACGAACUACGUCGCAAUUUGAACAGCUUCAAAAUAAUUAUGAGUAAUAUGCCGUAAAAAUUAAAAAACAAAAUCAAACAUUUUUGAGAGGACAGCAAAUAGCUUUAAUUUAGAAAAUUCGUGUGGUUCAAAUUAUAGACCACCGCCGUUGCUGUCAACUUUAUGAUACUCUUGGAAGCAUGCUUUAUCUUCGAUAGACAUAGUCGAAUAUUGCUUGUUCCGCAUAUCCAUAGUUACAUCUGUUUCUGAUAGGAACCCUUCAAUUAUUUCAAGCCGAAUUUCUUUACGCUUUAGCGAGGGUUGAUUCGUUAAUUUUAUAAAAUAUAUGAAUUGACUAUGCAAAUAUCCAAAAAGUAGAAAAAAUACUCCAAUUGGCUGCAAAUUUUGAACUUCAAAAUUACUGUCUUAUAAAUGUGCUUGAGGAAAUAAUUGACAAUGGUAUGCCCUCGUCGGAAAUAAUGCAUGGGAUGAGCAGAAUCUACGGUGUCGUCCUCAAUUGAUUCUAAGUCGGAGGCGAUUUCAGCACAAUCGAAUCUAAAUUCGUCAAAAAAUUCCCUUAUUUCUUCAUAACUCAGGUAUUUUGGCCAUAUUAUGUGUUCAAAAAUAAAAAAAAAUAUUUUUCAGUACAGAACUCGAGGUGGUUUUAAAUGAGUACCACUACAAAAAUUACUCCUAAUAAGCUAAGCACUUUCACAUAAUUUUUAAAAUGAAUAAAUACUUAACCUAAUAAUAUUUUCUGCAUUUUUUCACAAAAUGCACCUGAAAAUUUGACAUGAUAGCAACAUUAAUCCGUUACAAUAUUUGGUACACAAAACAGAGAAAAUGCACCUGAAAAUUUGACAUGAUAGCAACAUUAAUCCGUUACAAUAUUUGGUACACAUUUUAAACCUAUGAGUCACUUGGAAUAAAUGAAAAUGUUAAGAAAUAAGUGGCACCGCCGCCGCUGAAAGAGUUAAAACGUAGCAAAUCAAAAACCUUAUUGAAUUUUCCAACACCCCUCGUAUUUUUUCGUCUAUUGGUUGCCAGACAAAUAUAUGCGUAAGCUAAGCUAGUGGUCAUGAAAUCAAAAAUCUUUAAUUAGUUCCAUAUAUUCUAAAACGCUUAUCAGUAGAACAUGUACUUUAUGUAUGGCUUGAGUAUUUAGUAUUGAAGCGCAUGCCCAAUUGACGCGUGGUUGAACGAGAACAAUUAUUGCUUUGCGAGUUUUGAAAGUGUUCGGUCACCUCAGUUGUGACUGAGACGUUGCGUGAAGUUGAACGUUUCGAUAGGAUCGUGAAGAGGAGGGUUUAAUAUAAAUUAGAAUACAAAAAGCCGCAACACAUUAAUACCAUUCUAUAGUGAUAAUAUAAAGAAACAAAAACAAUGAAAAUUGAGUGGGCACCCGUGCAUGUGCCACCAAAGCGACGAUUGCAGACCCUCGCUGCAGGUCUCUACGUGAUGAUAUUUAUGCUUAUGCCGGGCUUAUCGUUACUUAUCAUUACAUCGUUGUUGUAUUAUGGUAAUCUAUUUUGGAAGCUUUUGACUCUGGCAUACUUGACUUUUGUUUAUUUCGAUCAUACGAGGAAUUUCAGUGAUAUUCAUGGCAAUGGCUUUAUGAUUUUUCGUAGUAAUUGUAUAUGGAAACACUUUCGUGAUUACUUCCCAAUUGAGUUGAUUAAAACCGCCGAUUUGAGCGCCGAUCACAAUUACAUUUUGGCCAGCUUUCCACAUGGCAUAAUCGGUACCGGCAUCACUUGCAAUAUGAGCAGGGAUAUACGGCAAUGGUUGAAACUAUUUCCGGGCAUACGUCCCAAAAUCGGCACUUUAGAUAUGCAUUUUUACACGCCCAUUUUUCGCGAGGCGCUACGUUACUGGGGUAUGGUGUCAGUUUCUAAGGAGUCAUUGAUGCAUUAUCUAUCAGCCUCGAAUCAUCCGAAACAUCCCGACAAUCUUGAUGGUUUUACUUCGAAUGCUGUCGCCAUUUUGGUGGGUGGCGCUCAAGAGGCCUUGGACUCACAUCCGGGACGUUAUAUACUUACACUGAAAAGGCGCAAAGGUUUUGUCAAAUUGGCCAUACGCACAGGCUCACCAAUUGUACCGACAUUCUCCUUCGGCGAAGUGGAGAUAUUCGACCAAGUCAAUAAUCCACCAAACUCAUGGUUGCGACGCUUCCAAACUUUAACCAAGCGACUAACAGGCAUCUCGCCUUUGAUUGUUUUGGGGCGCGGCUUCUUCCAGUAUACUUUUGGAUUUCUGCCGCAGCGCAAGCAUAUCGUGCAAGUUGUUGGUAAGCCCAUUGAAGUCGAAAGGAACGACAUUCCCGACCCCGAGUAUGUGGACAAAAUUCAUCAGCAAGUCAUUGACCAGCUGAAAGAGAUGUUUGAGAAAUACAAGGAAAAAUAUAUAGAAAAUGGCAAAAGUGUUAAUUUAGUGAUUACAUAACGUAUGAUCAUCAUAAA